UGUUACUACAACGUUGAAGUCGACGACUAGGCCGUGUUGCUGCCAGAAAAUUCCGAUUUUCAUAUUAAUAAACAAUAAAAAUUCUCAAAAUAAAUAUAGCGUUUGACCACAAACAAAAACUAAAAAUAACCGAGCCCUUCUGUCUUUUGUGCAUUGGUCCUCAAUUGCGUUUUGAUAUUGGUUUGCCAUUGCCCUAAGAUUGCGGUACUUGCGGAAGCUUACAGAUCGGUUGCCAAUGUCUAUCGUAUAAGAUUACUUUUAAGAUCGGAAGUGCACAACUUGUGAUAUAAGCUGAAGAACCAUAGCAACUAAGUGUAUAUCCGAAAUCCGAAAAAAAAUUGUGAGCUGGCUUAAGAUCGGAUGCCGUCUUCAAACUGUAUUAGAAACGCGUAACAUAAUCCGAUGAGCAAAAGGAAGGAAUCAGUUUGCUUGAGAAGCGUUGUUUUAAUUCUAGAUUGAUUUUCGAUCAGUGAUCGAGAGGAGAGAAUUAAAGAGUAAAGAGAAUAUAUCGAAAUAAAUAACUGAAAAAAAACAGAGUGUUAUAAUAUCAAGAUGAGUGUCAUUAUUCGUUUGCAAAACUUGCCGUGGACGGCAAAUGCGCGAGAUAUUCGCAAUUUCUUCACGGGCCUCUCGAUACCAGAGGGCGGUGUCCAUAUCAUCGGUGGCGAAAUGGGCGAUGCCUUCAUUGCUUUCAGCACCGAUGAGGACGCACGCUGUGCCAUGUUGAAGGAUCGCGAGAAGCUAAUGGAGAUUCAGGUGCGAUUGUUGCUCUCGUCGCGCGCCGAAAUGCAAAAGGUGAUCGAGACGGCGCGCAAAGUGAGCGUAGCAACUGCUGCGGCGGCAACUGUUGCCGCUGUGCCAGCCACCGCAGUAGCUGCCACAGUGGCUGCAGCUGCGGCUGCCGUAGCCAUGCCCCCAGUGCCACAGCCGCCCAUCAUUGGCAGUUUCAUUAGUCAGCUGCAGCAGCAAGUGCAGCUCAAGCAGCAAUCAGCCGCUGCGCCAGUUCUAGCAGCAACCAGUGUUGCCACAGCAGCAGCUGCAGCAGCAACAGCAACAGUUCCCUCUUUUUUGGCUUACCAACAGCAGGCGGGCGUAUCGCUGGCCGAUGUCUCCAGACACUCGCCCACAGACACGUCCCAUUUCAAUGCGCGACGCUCUCGCAAUCAUAUUCACAGCAACAGCAAUGCCCGACAUAGUCGCAGCAUAAGUCGAUCGCGCAGUCGCAGCCGCAGCCGCUCGAGCAGCAGCGAUGACAGUCGCGAUAGUCGUGACAAUCGCAACAUACGCGAUCGCGAUGCUCGCGAUCAGCAUUAUCAUCGCGAUCAACGUGGACUACGCAAGCGACGCGGCGAUCUGCGUGGCGACAGCAGCGAGCGCGACUUGAAAAUGCCGCCAGCCAAGCCGGUGUUGUCGCCAUGGGCCAUUGCACCAGCAGCUGUUGCUGCUGUGGCGCCACAGUUGGGCAUGAUGUCUGUGUUGCCGCCAGGGCUGCAGAGCUACAGCAGCAACACGACCACCAACAACUACAAUCUCAAUGUAGCUGCGCCUUCGCAGCAGCAGCAGCAACAGUUGGCUGAACUAUCAGCCGAACAACAGCAACAGCAACCGAUUGCCUUUGCCAAUGUCAAUCCGUAUGCACAAAUGUAUCCGCAACUCUUUCAGCAGCAGCAACUGUUGCUGCAACAGCAGGCAACCAAAGUGGCCGCGGCCUUGUCGCCAGGCGGCAACAGUAACAACAACGGCAACACAGCAGCAACCACAACGGAUGCUCUGGUAGGUAACAACGGUGGCAACAGCAACUCGGGUGCGCCUGUCGCCGAGACGUGCUACAUUAAGAUUAGCGGCAUGUGCACGAGCACCUCGUACAGUGAUCUACGCAAGUAUUUUGCCGGUCUCUACAUCCCACACAAUGGCAUCAAGAUUGUGAGCGGUGCCAACGGGGCACGCACCGGGGUCGCCUACAUUGAGUUUUCUCGUGUUUCGAGUGCCCAGAAAGCUUUGGCUCGCAACAACACCAUGUUCCGGGAUCGUUUGCUGCAGAUUGUGCCCAUCGGUGAUGAAGAGUUCGAGCAGGCGGAUGAACGUUCUCAACGUGUUGGCAGCAACAGAGAAAGCGGAGCAGCUGCAACAGUUGCUGGCAAUCGUGGUGGUGCAGCUGCUUCGGGGGCACAGCCAACGCUCUUGGUGCUCUAUGUGGAGGAUCUGCCGCAGCUGACCACCGAACAGGACAUUAUGAAAAUGUUCUCGGCCACGUGCACCAUUGUGGACAUAUUGCUGGCACCCAGUCCGAACAAUCGUCGUGAGUUUGUCGCCUUUGUGUUGUUUGCACGUGAGAAUGAAGCGCGUUCCGCUUUGGAAGACACUUCGAGGCAUUAUAUUGGCUUUAGAAAGUUGCGUGUGCGCGGCAGCAACCAGGUGGAGAUGCAGAAUGCCAAAGAGAAGAUGCGGAGAGCCAACGAGCAGCUGCAGAAGGAGGAGCAGCAGCAGCGUGAGGAUGCUGAGCGCGAACAACAAAAGCAGCAGCAACAACAACAGCUGCAGCAACAACAGCUACAGCAACAACAGCAGCAGCAACAAUUGCUGCAACAACAGCAGCAACAGGAACAGUUGCUGGCGUUGCAGGCCAAAUUCAGCAGCGAUCCAAGACGACGCAACAACAAUGAGCCUCAACAGCAGCAGCAACCACAGCUGCAACACAACAACAAUAACAACAACAACAAUAUGCCUCCCUUUGGCAACAUGCCUUUUGCCUUUCAGCAGCAACAACAGCUACCAAAUAACAAUGCCAACAACAACAUGCACAACAAUGGCAUGCACAUGAACAACAACAACAAUAUGGGACCAGGUCCAUUUGCCAUGAACAACAACAACAACAACCAGCCACCGCCUCGCCAAGAGGAUGUCUUUGUGCGUGUCCACAACUGUGAAUAUGCCACACGCAUCAAUGAUCUCGGCGAGCUUUUUAUGACCGAAAAUCUGCGCAUCGAGCACAUUGAGAUGCUCUUCAAUGAUCGCAAUCAGAGCGCCGGCGAGUUCAUUGUCGAGUUCGGGGAUGCGCACAAUGCCAAAAUUGCCAUACGUGAGUUUCACAAUCGUCGCUUUCGUGGGCGUGGUCUGCGCUUGGCGCCCAUCACGCCGCAAGAGAUUGCGGAUCGCAUGAAUAAACCGUUUAUGAACUAUUUGCCCGGUGGCAAUGGGCCACGACAAACGGACAAGACACCAGCGCCCAUGCAACAGCAGCAGCAACAACAACAACAGCAGCAGCAGCAACAAUCGUCGCGUCGUCGUGGUCCAAGUCGCUUCGAUGAUGCUGACAAUCGCAACAACAACACUGGCAACAAUCCUCAGCAAUCGCUGCCACCGUCACAUGACAGCGACGACAGCAACAGCUCCAAGCAGCAGCACUUUAAUCCUUUUGCCGCACGUGGUGCGGGUCCCGAUGAUCUGCUGCCGCCUCCUAUUACUGCCCCGCUUAUGAAUGGUGGCGAUGGUCCGCCUGCUAACAAUGUCAAUGAUGAUGGCAUUCCCGAGAAAUUUACGCGUCCUGGCUGCGUCGUCGCUAUGCGUAAUGUGCCCUUCAAGGCGGAUCUGAAGGAUAUUCUGCGUUUCUUUAGCGACUACAAACUAAGUCCCGAGGAUAUUCUACGGCGUUUCAAUGACGAGGGCAAACCCACGGGCGAUGCUCGUGUUGCCUUUGAAUCGCAGUCGGAGGCACGUUCCGCUUUCGAGUCACGGCGACGAAAGCAAAUUUUUAAUCGCACUAUUUAUUUGGAUAUUAUUUAAAGUGGUGUUCGGCACUUCGAGUUUUAAUUGUAAAUACAACUUGUAAUUUGUAGUUUUAAGGUUUUUUUUUUAGGGACACCAAACACCAUCACCACACAGACAUCAAUGUUAAGCCAAAGCUAAUAAGUCUAGUAUGUACAGAACAAAUUCAAUAAAUACGAUAUAAAAUG